AUGGCAUCACAUCUUCAGGUGCCCACAGCACGCUGUUACAACAUCGCCCAGACUUCCGGCGCCAGAUGUCAAUCGACCGCGCAAUUAUCGGUCCCUUCCUUUCGGCGCCAGGACAACAUCGGCCCUCCAAACCGCGCCUGGACUUUCGCCCCACUGAAUUUGCACGACGCGUUCCGGCGACUCGACUCGCCGCGCCCUCGGACACUGAUAAACACCGGCCGGACUCAACGUAACCGCAACCGAAAACAUACUUUGUACUAUCUCCUGAAGACCUGGCCGUCGCCGAACUUAUCACCGCAUUUAUAUCGCAUUGCUUAA